CAACAGUUAACUUGGUUCAACUCUAGCACUUUGGGUUUAAUCGAUUUUAAGCGUCAGAGCGUUAUUAGAGUUGUAACAUUUUCGAUAUUUACGUUAUUUUCGAUACUUACGCGACUUUUUGUUUUCAAAACUAAAAUGGGAAAUGUUUUGGGACGUAUCCGUAGAAAUCAAAUUUUAUCAAAUUGAUUAAUAAAGUUUUCUAAAGAGAAUUACAUUGACAAGAAUACAAUCAACAAAUGGACCGUCACAAGUAAACGUUAAAUAAGUAAAAUUUCCGUAAUUUAUUCACAGCAAAGAGAUUGGUAACAAGAGCGUCGCUUGUAUUCGUAUUUUAAACUCAAUUUAAAUAAAUGAACGUCAAAACGAACAGUAAAUGAACGCUGCAUAGAUUUUUUUUCAAACAUUCAUCAGAAGUGAAGUAGUAUUAAAAAUACAAAAAUCAAUAACAAAAACUGGAUUUAUGACUAAAAUAACGAUAUUUAAAAGUUAAAAAGUGUGCACGUGGUGUCAAAGUCAAGAUUUAAAAAAGGAUGAAAUGAACAGCUUAAACGAAUCUUGAAACUAAUUUAUAAUGUUGAAAAAGCAAAGCAAAACAGGGCAAAAAGAUAACCAACCUUUAUAUAACCAUAACUCAGAAAUUGUUCACGUCGAAGAAAAGAAAUAUCCAAGUUUUAGUAUUUUAUCCGCAGCCGCUGUUGCGGUAAUUUUUAUAACUUUAGGCGCAACAAUACAUUACACCACGGUGAGCUUAACAAAUUUUAACUUAGAAUAUAGUGAACUACAACUACCAGAAGCGGAAACAGCUGAAAGAAACAAAGAAAACAAAAACCUUACACAAAUUGAAAAAAACAAAACAGAAACAACAAGACUUCAGACGAAUGAGAGAUCUAAAACUCGAGCAAGAGAGCGCAGAGAAAUAGUCUUAAAAAAGCAUCAAAAUUACAUUUCAUUGGAUAAAAUUGUUAAAAAAUUAAAAAAUUUGACAAAAAUUAGAAACCGUAGACACCUUCCAAAACAUCUUUUACAUCGAUAUUUAUCGCUCAUUCAACAAAUAGAAGAACAAAACCGACAUCACAUCAAUCUCACUCUAGCUGCUAAAAACUUUGUUGAAUCAGUAGUAAAACAUAUCGAUUCAUAUAAAAAGAACUCAACGAAACGAAAUAUAGAAGAAGAUAUCGAAGAAACAACUGAUGAAGUAUACCCAAAGGUUCUAAAUGACGAAACUGAAAAAAUUCUUGAUCACACAUCAACUCCAUCAUACUCAUACAACAUGAACAAUGAAAUUAAAGCAGACAUAACAGCUUUGACUAAAGUUGAAAAUAAAGUUGAGGUUGAAACUGGAAUAACAAAUUUUACCAUGGUGACAGAGCCUAACAAUGAUGAUAAUAGUAGUGAAAAACAAUCAAGGAAUGAGACCAGUAACCAGAAUAAAAACAAUAGCAAACCAGAUUUUGAACAACACAAAAAUGUUAGCUUUGAAAAUAUAAAAACAAAUAACACUCACUAUGUAUAUGUAAAUCAAAUAAAAUCAAAUCAAACAAACAAGCAACAUUAUUCAAAAGAUAGAGUAAACACAAAUACUUCAUUCAUUUAUCAUUUUCAUAACUCCUUUCUAGACAAUACUCAAAGCAAUAAAAAAACAAUAUAUUCAUUAACAAAUAUUCAAACAAGCUUUUAUGAAAUAAGUGUUGCAAGAUCAACUUCAUUAAACAAUGCCACCAAAAGUUUUCAAAGUGAAGUAAAAAGUAGAGAGUUUCUGAUAAACAACCAAUUACUUCCAAAUACAAAAAACAAAUCACAGAUAACAGAUGUUUAUGAGACAAAAUAUAGCCUGCAGACAAGCAAAAUUAUUCUUCAAGCUAGUGAAAUUUAUCUUAAAAAUAGUGAAUUCAGUCAACAUUCUAGUGAAAGUUUGCCAGCUAGCAAAAUCAGUUUGCAGGAUAGUGAAAUGAACCUUCAAGCAAAUGAAAUGUAUUUAAAAACAAGCGAAAUCUAUCCACAAGCUAGCAAAACUAGUAUGCAUGUUAGUAAAAUCCAUUUCCAAGUUAGUGAAACUAAUUUGCAAGCUAGCGAAAUCACUUCACAAAUUAGUUUAAUCAACUUCCAAGCUAGUAAAAUAUCAACUCUGCAAGUUAGUGAAAGUGUGCAAGUUAACCAGAAUCAUAACUUUCCAGCAAAAUCAUUGUUACCAGAAAUCAACUUAUCAAACAAAUCUAAAUAUGAAGCACAUUCAAUAAUUACAAAUAUGAACGCUUUAAAAAAUGUUCAUUUUAAAAAUCAAGCUAAAAAAGUAGACCUUAAACCUUCGUACUCUAGUCAUUUUUCUAGGCAUUCCUUUGAAAAUAGUUUUAAACAAGAAGCUAUGCAAGAAAUAAAUGUGCAUUCAAAUAACCCACUUGUAAUGAAGAGUUCAAUAUUAGGAGAAAUAUUACCCACAAAAUCAUUUACAACAAAAACUCAAUUAGAUCCCAAUCCCACAAUGGAGGACAGCAUUUAUGGAACCAAUACGAUGACAACAUCAAUAAACAUCACCUCUUCAUUUACAAAACAUCUUGAUGAUGAUGACCAAGAUCUAAAGGAUUUUUUUGCACACGUGCAAAUAGAAAACUCAUCAAUAAUUAGAACAAAUUUAAGCUGGCCAUUAAGUGUUAAUACAAAUCCAACUACAAUGUUUACUUUACCAUCUCAUAGAAUAAUACAACCUUCAAGUCAUGCAGUUACUCUAAUAAAUUUGAGUACAACAAACAGAUCAAAGUUAUUUGUAAGUACUACAGUUUCAAGUUUCCAUCAAGCAAAAAAUACUGGUGCUUCAACUGUUUUUAUUCAGCAAAAUAAUAUAAACACUAAGUUCAGUAAAAGCAACAAAAAUAUUCUUAUUGGUGAUUUAUUUGAUUCUAGUGAAAAAAUCUCAGAAAACCUGCAGCAAAACAAAAAAGAAAUUAAAAUUAGUGAUUCUGUUAACAAUAAAAACUCUGACUUCAGUAUAAAUUUUGUCACUAGUAGCAUUGCAGUUACCAGUAGUGAUACCAGUAUUAAUUUUGUUAUCAGUAGCAAUUCUGUCACAACACAACCUGCUUACUACAAUGAGUAUAAUAGUCAAAGCAACCCCACAACAAAUGCACAAGCACCUACGAUAGUCAAAACCAAUUCAGAUGAUCUUCACCACACAAUUAAAAAUGAACAAAGAACUCAAAAUCUGAUAACAUUCUCAAAGAAAUUACAACACAGUUUUUCAAGAAAUAACACAAACAACGAUGCAGCUUAUUCCACUAAAUCAUACAAUAUUCCAAAAAAUCAUAUGGUAAUGAAUGACACUAUAAUAUUCAAUAACCAAGUAGGAGAAAAAAAUACAUUUGCAACAUUGCAACCAACAUUACAAACAAUGCAACAACAACAACUAACAACAUGGCAGCACAUAACCAAUCCAAUCACAGAUUUACUUAUCAGUAAUGAAGCAAAAUCGAGAGAUCAAAUUACUCAAAUUCUCAGUGACAGUGAGACGCAAGAUAAAAAAACUAAUGUUGGACCAGGCGUAAUAAAGUUUUUGCAACAAACCCUACUUCACAUAGAUGAGAAUGCAAAACUUGCAGUCAAAGCAACAAAUUCGUCAGUAAAUACAUCACCAUAUACUCUUGAUUGGAUAUGUCGAAAUGAUGUGACUGAUUGGAGCACAGCAUACAUAAUUGGAAUGAGUCGUUUCUUGCAAAAUCAUAUAAUUAAUUGCAAACAGAAUGAAUUUUUACAGAAAUUUAGGUUAAGCGAUAAUAAAGAUAACUUUUUCCCAUUAUUCAGAUAUGAAUAUGUGUGUUGUAGUUUGGCUUUAGUAAAAACAUAGUUUUUAUUCUA